AUGUUCCAUCUCGCCCUUGUGUUCCUCGCGAUCGUGAGCCUCGUCCUACUAUGGUAUGUGGGCAGCUUCAUCGCCUCGCCAUUGCGCGAGUAUCCCGGCCCCUUCCUCGCCAAGUUCACGGACUGGUGGCGCGUAGCAAAUACCGUCGAUAGCCACAACAUCGCGCUCCGCCUGCAUGAGAAGUAUGGGCCGGUGGUGCGUAUGGGACCGAACGUCCUGAGUAUCAGCGACGCGACCUAUGCCAAGAUCAUCUACAGCACGAGAGGCAAUUAUUUGAAGAGCGACUACUACGCCGUCAACGACAUCAUCCAGAAUGGCUUCCGCAUCCAGAACAUCUUCAGCACGCGGAGCAAUGAGUUCCACCGAAAAUACAUCCGGCCGAUCUCCAAGACGUAUUCGAUGGCGAAUAUCCUCACGCUCCAACCGCUUGCCGACAGGACAACGGAGACGUUUUGCCGCCGGCUAGAAGAGGAGUUCAUUGAUGGCAAGAAUGCUGGCAGGACCUGCAAUCUUGUCGACUGGAUGUUGUACUACGCCUGGGAAUGUGUCGCGGAGGUCACGUUUGACGAGCCGAUCGGGUUUCUGGAGAAGGGCAAUGACAUUGACGGCAUGCUUUACACUGCAGAUCGCGCAUUGGGGUAUUUCUCGCACGUGGGCCAGAUGCCUGGCCUGGACAAGUACCUUGCGAAGAACCCAUACUACCGUCUCGGACCUCCAUCGAUUGACUGGGCGGGCAAGUAUGCAGCGAUGCGCUUGGUCCCGCGACUGCAGGCCAAGCAGAAGGGAAAGAACGGCGACUUCUUGGACAACUUCAUUGGGUUGAAGGAAGAAUAUCCAGAUACCGUUGACGAGAACGUAAUUGUGGGAUACAUGCUCAUCAACCUGCUAGCCGGCGCCGACACCACCGCAAUCACUCUGCGUGCCAUUUUCUACUAUCUCCUGAAGAAUCCCGCCGCCUAUGCGAACGCUGUCAAGGAACUCGAAGCAGCCAAUCUCCAGCUACCGAUCCAGUACGCGGUCACCGAGAAACUCCCCUACUUCUCCGCCGUCGUGCGAGAAGCCAUGCGCCUCAACCCCGGCCUCGGCGUCAUGCUCGAGCGCGUCGUACCCGCCGGCGGCCUCGCGCUCGAAGACGGGCGGACUAUACCCGCUGGCACGAUUGUGGGGCUCAAUCCAUGGGUCACUGGCCGAGACAAGGGAGCCUUCGGCGAGGACGCCUAUGAGUUCCGUCCAGAGCGCUGGCUGCAGGGCGAUGGAGAGUCGGACGCCGACUUUACUGCACGCUCGAAGGUGAUGAAGGAUGCCGAUCUCACUUUUGGUGGUGGUAAUAGGGUGUGCAUUGGGAAGAACUUGGCGCUGAUGGAGAUUUACAAGAUUGUGCCGACUUUGCUGUUGAAGUAUAAGUUCGAACUCACGGAGCCCGACCGGGAGUGGCGGGUUGACUGCAAGUUCUUCAUGGUGCAAGAUCGGCUGAACGCGAAGGUGUCUCGUCGGUGA